UAAAACGCACGAGGCACCACUCAAAGUUGCGAUUACCGACGACGACGACGACGACGACGACAAUGGCGGGAAAGCAAAUGGGCGGAGACGGCGUCUUACCAGCGAAUCUCGCCGGAAUGACAAAAAGUCAGCUCUACGGUAUCAUGUCUCAAAUGAAGGCGCUGAUUGAUCAAAACCAUGAACAAGCGAGAGAGAUUCUGAUUCAGAACCCGGUUUUGACCAAGGCUCUUUUCCAGGCACAAAUCAUGCUCGGAAUGGUUCAGCCUCCUCAAGUGGUGGUUCCCAAAGUUGAGCCUCAAGUCGCUCCACAACCGCCAAAGCCAAGCGCUCAAGCUCAUACGUCUUCUCUUCAAGAGGCAGCUGCUCAGCCACAAGCCCCGAUUAGAAAACACACACUGCAACAGCCAAUGCCUAUGCCUCCUCCUCCUCCUCCUCCUCCUCCACCUUCUGUUUCUGCUACCAAUAGUGCUCCGUUGCAGCAGCCUCGUUUCUCACAUCCCCAGCGUCUGAAUCCUGCUGGCACUUCUUUGUCUCAUCCACAGUCUUCUCAAGUCCAAAACGCGCCUCCCCCGGCUCCUCAUCAUCAUCCAACAUCCCAACCACAGUCUUUUCAUCAUCUUGAUACACCAGCCUCCUCGGCUCAGUUGCAGCAACCACAACAGCAACCAAUGCACUCAGUUGGGGGUCCUCGUUUACCUCAGCAUCAGCCUAGACCAUAUCAUCAUCAGUUCGGACCAUCCCAGACUGGUCCCCCCAACGCUGGGUUUCAGCACCAUGGCGCACCUCCUCAGCAUCAGUCUCAACCCAUGUUUCAUUCUGGCAACAGACUCCCAGCUUCUGGUGGACCUCAAUUCCCUCAGGGACAGCCACAUCUCGUUAGCCAGCCACCAUAUCAGGGCGGAGGUCAAUUUCGUGGGGACUACAAUAAUAACCAAUUAGGAGGUCCGACGGCUGCAGAUAGAGGUCCUUCUUGGAUGGCUGGCCAAUCAGAGAGCUCAAGCAUUACUCAUCUCCCAGGCUUAGGACCGGUGCCUUCACCAAGCCAAGAUGGACCUAGAGGUGGUCCACCACCUCCCCCUGCUCCGAUAUCUGCAGAGAUGGAGAAGGCAUUGCUUCAACAAGUGAUGAGCCUGACCCCAGAGCAGAUCAAUUUGCUGCCACCAGAACAGAGAAACCAAGUCCUUCAGCUCCAACAGAUUCUCCGACAGUGAAGCUCAUCGACACAAUCGCUUGGUCUCCAUGUUAUAGCUUAGAAGAGACAUGCUUGGGGUUUGAAUGUAAGGUCCGAGUCGAGUUUGCGAUCAUUUGUAGAAAAGGAAAAGAAGUAGCUAAUGUAUUUUCUAUGUAUCACUGAAUGCUUUUGGUCAAUAGCCCGUGGAGAAAACUAUGUGUUCUUCACUUUGAUGUUUUAUGUUCGGUGACAACUUUCUUCUGACUUUCAAAGUUUCCAAGUCUUGUUUACA